GAUACAGCUGAGGGGCACGUGUGUCGACGAAGGCCUCGCUCUCCUGCUCUCUUCGUGGCUUAUUUACGUCUUUGACUGCUUCCUCUUUUGGUGAUUUGGUUGUCAAUAGCAGUCAGUUGUUUUUUUCUCUUGUGGGAUCAAUAUGUUGCUUUAAGUCUUGAUAAGAUUUUCACGUAAGGAGUUGUUAACUGAGUGAAGACACCCCCACCCUAUGGCAAAUUAGGGUCUUUCAUUGAAGAAAACUAAAAACAAAAAAACAGAGGACGACUUCCUUGAAGGAUGGUUAGAUUUGCACGUGCUGAGGGCUCCAAGGGCUCCAACAAGCGGGUUCCGGAAGAGCCCACACCCUGGCAUGAGUUGGCAACGACUAAAAUACCAGAAAGCAAAGCAGACAUUGAAAAAACGUCAAAGAAUGUGGAAAAGGAUAAAAGUAAAGAAAGAGGUAAUAAUGGAAUUGCAAAGAAAAAUGUGACAAAGAAAAAGAAGAGAGUGUUGGAUGAAAGUGGUGCAGAUACUUUGCAGAUAAAGAAGAAAAAAUGUGUUGUUAAGGAUGACACUGUUGAUAAAGAGAAUGAGGAAAUAAAUUCAGGCCAGACAACAGGGAAAGUGGAUUCAGUUGAAGUAAAACAAAUUAAGAAAAAAAUUAAGAAAAAGGCUGAAAAUAAUGUAAAGAAAGGUGAAGUGAAGGGGAAGAAAAAGAGAAAGCUAGACAAAGCAAAUGGAGAAGAGAACACUGAUGCUGUCCAGAUCAAGAAGAAGAAAAACAGUGCUGAUGAAUCUGGGAAUGAGGGGAAAGUGGUCAAUGAUAAAUUAGAAAAAAAUGAUGAUUGUAUUGAGAAAAGUUCAGAUGUUAAACAGAAGAGGAAAAAAAAGACAAAAAAAAUGGAUAAUGGGAAAGUAGAAGAGAAGAAAGAGUUUGUAAUCAAUGAUAAAAGUCAGAGGGUUAAGGUAUUCAAGGAUGGGACAGAAAGAACAUGGUUUGACCUCCCCUAUGAAGAAGGUCAGCGCAUGACAAGGUACGACAACAUGUGGGUUAAGAAGGAGGUGGUGGAGAAGCUGGACCAACUGAAGGGUUCUCUCAAAGAAGAAGGUCAUUCAGAGAAGGAGGCAAUGAGGAGGAUGAUGAAGGCAAAACGAAAAGCUCAUAGAGAAUUAAGGAUUGAACUUAUAUACGAACAAAAGGCAGCAGUUGAAGAUCAGUUACCGGAAAGCAAAAGUAAAGUGGUAAAAAAGAAGAAUAAGAUACCUAAUGAAGGGGGAAAUAGUAUUAAAAAAUAUUCAGAUAAUGAUGAUGAUAAUUAUGAACAUAAUUCUGAAGUAAUUAAUGGUGACAAUAAAGUAUCCUGUUUUAGAUGCCACCAGCCAGGGCAUAGAAUAGCAGAUUGCCCACAGAUGGGUACAGAAAAUGUUACCACAGAUAAAGAGAGUCAGAUCACCUGUUUCAAAUGCCAUCAACCAGGACACAGAAUUGCAGACUGUCCAACAGUGGCAGGAAUAGAAGAUACAAAAGCAGGAAAUGUUGGCCAGAUCACCUGCUUUAAUUGCAAUGAGCCAGGACACAGAAAAAAUGACUGCCCAAAAAUGCCAGACAGAGAAUUUAAUAGAACAGGAAGUGAUAAUCAGAUCACCUGUUUCAAAUGCCAUCAACCAGGACACAGGAUUGCAGACUGUCCAACAGUGGCAGGAGCAGAAGAUACAAAAACAGGAAAUGAUGGCCAGAUCACCUGCUUUAAUUGCAAUGAACCAGGACACAGAAAAAUUGACUGCCCAAAAAUGACAGGCAGAGAAUUUAAUAGAACAGGAAGUGAUAAUCAGAUCACUUGUUUCAAUUGCCAUCAACCAGGACACAGGAGGGCAGACUGCCCAGGAGGAAUGGGAAGAAGUGAUUGUGGUUCAGCAUGGAGUGAAAAUAAGCUCACAUGUUUCAAAUGUAAUCAGGCAGGGCAUAAGAUGUCUGACUGCCCAGCAGCAGGUGGAGAAUAUGGCAGGACAGGCCAAGAUAACCAGAUUACAUGUUUCAAUUGCCAUCAGCCAGGACACAGGAGAGCAGAUUGCCCAGGUGGAAUGGGAGGAAAUUAUUAUGGUUCAGCAUCUUACAGCGGUUCUCAUCCAGGGAGUCGAGGAAUUGGAAAUGAUUGUGGUUUGGGAAGGAAUGGAAAUCAGGCCACCUGUUUCAGAUGCAACCAGCCAGGGCAUAGGAUAUCAGACUGCCCAGAAGCAGGUGGAGGUAACCAGAAUACCUGUUUCAACUGCCAUCAGCCAGGACAUAGGAGAGCAGAUUGCCCAGGAGGAAUGGGAAGAAAUGAUUACGGUUCAGCAUGGAAUGGGAAUCAGCUCACCUGUUUCAGAUGCCACCAGCCAGGGCAUAGGAUAUCUGACUGCCCAGAAGCAGGUGGAGAUAACCAGAUUACCUGUUUCAAAUGCCGUCAGCCAGGGCAUAGGAUAUCUGACUGCCCAGAAGCAGGUGGAGAUAACCAGAUUACCUGUUUCAAAUGCCGUCAGCCAGGGCAUAGGAUAUCUGACUGCCCAGAAGCAGGUGGAGAUAACCAGAUUACCUGUUUCAAAUGCCAUCAGCCAGGGCAUAGGAUAUCUGACUGCCCAGAAGCAGGUGGAGAUAACCAGAUUACCUGUUUCAAAUGCCGUCAGCCAGGGCAUAGGAUAUCUGACUGCCCAGAAGCAGGUGGAGAUAACCAGAUUACCUGUUUCAAAUGCCGUCAGCCAGGGCAUAGGAUAUCCGACUGCCCAGAAGCAGGUGGAGAUAACCAGAUUACCUGUUUCAAAUGCCAUCAGCCAGGGCAUAGGAUAUCUGACUGCCCAGAAGCAGGUAGAGAUAACCAGGUUACCUGUUUUAAUUGCCAUCAGCCAGGACACAGGAAGGCAGAUUGUUCAGCAGGAAUGGAUAACAGUGAUAGGAAAGAAAGAAAUGAAAAGCAGCUCACCUGUUUCCAUUGUCAUCAACCAGGGCACAGGAAAACUGAAUGCCCAAAUAUGAGUGAAGAUGAUGUUCAGAGAAGGAAUCAGAACCCAGUUGUUUUUGAAGAAAAUGAUAUGAUGACUCAGUAUGAAGGUGUCUGGGUGUUGAAAAGUGCAGUGGCAUAUUUAGAUGAUAGGAGAGAGCAGCUUGUGAAGGAGGCUGUGUCUGAAAGGGAGGAUGGAAAUGAUUCUACUGAGCUAACAAAAGAAGAACAGAUAAAAGUUCAGAGGACUAUGAAAAAAGAGAAGAGGCGGGAGCUCAAGCUCCUUCAGAAGCACCUGAGAGGUAUUAGAGUAGACACUACUCUAGCAAGAAAUAGAAAUGAUGUAACAGAUGCAUCAAGCAAAAUGGAAACCCCAAACAAAAGCAUCAGUAAUAAUAAUGAGGAUGACUUUCAAGUUGUUAAAUUUGAUGGAUUCUUUGUUAAGAAGGAAUCUGCUGACAGACUUAAUGGAUUAAAAGCUCGCCUUACAAAGGAGGGGGUAUCUGGAGAUCAGCUGCAAAGUAUCUUGCAGAGAGAACGUCGCAAAGAAGAGAGGUUGCUCAAGAAUGCAUCAAAGUCCUUAUGUCUUAAAUGCCGCCAGCCUGGGCACAUGGUAUCAACAUGCCCAAUGUUGAAUGAUGGAUCAGGAUCUAGUGGUCCAAUAGAUAUCUGUUAUACAUGUGGUUCAACUGAACACAGACACAAGGAGUGUCCACAGAAGGAUAAAGGUGGUGCAUUUUCCCAUGCAACAUGCUUUGUAUGUGGGGAGACGGGUCACCUUGCCAAGGAGUGUUCAGAAAACCCACGUGGUCUGUACCCAGAUGGAGGAGCUUGCCGGAUGUGUGGAUCAGUGGAACAUUUACGCAAAGAUUGUCCAGAUCUGCAGGAGGAAAACCAGAAAUCAACAAUAACAGUUGGCCGAAUGGAUGGCAGUGCCCUGGAAGCUUUGGACAGCUUUGAAAACUCAGCAGAGAAAGCUGGAACUGCACCUGCCAAAGGGGAAGUGAAGGUUGUCAGAUUCUGAGGAGAAUCCAGUUCAAGCUGUGGAACUACUUUUUAUUGAGGUAGAAUUUUGGGAGUAUCAGAGGUCUGUAUUUGAAUUUGGAAUGCAUGAGCGAAGAUUCAUGGGACUUUGAAGACCAUUUAGAAAGUACAAUGUCUCCUCUUUGGUUCAUAAUACAGUCCAUAUCAUAAUUUUCUUUACAGUAAAUUGUUGUUUUCUGUUGUUUUUUGAAAGAAACUGUUUUUCCAAAACAAGUACAAGUACUCCAAAUUAAAAUGAUUUUACACACACACAAAUACUGUGUGUGUGUGUGUGUGCUGGGGAGGUAGGGGUUUUGUAUGUGUGUUUCGCUCUCUUUCUCUCUCUCUCUCUCUCUCUCUCUCUCUCUCUCUCUCUCUCUCUCUCUCUCUCUCUCUCUCUCUCUCUCUCUCUCUCUCUCUCUCUCUCUCUCUCUCUCUCUCGCUCUCUCUCGCUCUCUCUCGCUCUCUCUCUCUCUCUCUUAAAAAUGGCCAUUUAAUCAGCAAGUAUAAACGAUGCAAUAUCCACAGUCGGUUUAUCUAAAUGCGUUCAAUUAUUUGAUCUGUUUGGUAUUUUCCAGUCUUGACUUUUCUGCUUCAGUCAUGUAGCUUCAGAUUGUUUAACAGCUCUUUAGUUAUGUUUACAUUAUUAUGUUAAAGAUUAUAAAUAUUUGCAGUUAUUACACUGAGAUUGUCAGUGUAUCAUAAUAUCAAGUCUAUGUAAAAAUACAUAGAAGUUAUUGUCAUUAUUGUAAAUAAAUUAUUAUGGGGUAA